AUGUUUUUGCAGGUUGGAGCAGCUGGCAAAUAUGCCGUAUCGUCCUGUCGUGACGUCGUUUUCGAUCGACCCGCAAUAAACGGUGUCGCAGAACCUGUCCAGCUCGUUGAUCCCCUGUUUUGCCACUACCGGGUUGAUCAUGCAGUGCAGGGCGGACAUGAUACAGUCGCAGCGCGCCGAUCGCGGGGUGUGGGGCAGUGUCGUGGUGCAGAUGGACAUGUUUGUGGGGCACGGCCCCUGUUUAGGGGUCGGGAAGCUAAGGCCGUUUUGAGAGAAGUAGAAAUCAACAGGGUAUGGUGUGUUGCAUCCGAGAUACUGAUCUGUUGUUGUGUUGAGCUGGGAGUUCAGUUCAAGUCCCACAGGUAUGCGUCGCAUCUUGUUGCGGGACAUAUAUCUCUUCAUAUCUCUGACGGCUGCUUUGAAGAACGGCAGAUUUGGCUCGUCCAAUGCGGACUCGAUGGUGAACCCGAGCAAGUUGUGGAAAUAGUGGGCGUUAUCGAUCACGGUGGUGAAAUCUUCGUAUAG